AAAAGUCCAAGAAAGAAGCAGCAAAGUAUGCGCAUAAGAUUCUACUGGUUGGUCCACACAUGACCAUUUUGUAAUCAAACAACUAUACACCAAUAUAUUGAAUGCUAGCUUUUAAGCUUAGUCUUUAGCUAGGGACAUAUAUGAGUAUUUUCUCUGUUAUUUAGCUUUGAAGAUUAUUUUAGAACCAAAUUAAAUGGUAGUGCUUGUUACUUUAAGGCAAUCCUUAAAUUCAGGAGCAAAAUAAUCAGCACUCAAACUCCUUUCCAAGUCACUCUUCUUAAUUAAGAGCAAAAAUUCAAAAUUUUCUCAAUUGCCUUUGUCAAAACCUCAAUUCUCAACCCUAUCACUAUGGAGUUCUCAUCUCCACCUUCAACUUCUCCCUGUGUGACAGCACCAACCAGCCCAACUUCUUUCACGGUGCAAUAUUACCAUAGCGCCCCAGCUAGCCCAGGUAAAAAGUUUGGUAGCACUAUAACUGGUGGUGGCGAUUGUGGGUUGACCUUGGAUGAUUUUGAAUUUGAAACGAGUAAAAAGUUCGAUACUAGUUGUGUGGUGUUUGAGACAUGUCAUGAGAACUUUGAGCACUCCGAGGAUGAUCAACCGUGGGACGAGAAACGAAGAGAGAGGGGUGGCUCACUCCCCGAGAUGGCAUUUGCAGAUGAACUUUUCUUUAACGGUCAUAUCAUGCCCCUUAAACUACCACCAAGGCUCCAAUGCGAACGUGACAUGAAAUUAUAUACUAGCCAACGAUCCAUAACAUGCUCAACUAUCUCUCCAAGUGCUAUGGUUAAGUCCCCGUUUGCUCGCCGGGACGUUGAUCCUUUUGUCGUUGCCAUGCAAAAGGUGAUGAAGGGAGAACAUAGGCGGAGGCAUAGCACUUCAAAUCAUCACCAUAGGCGCACAAGGUCAUAUUCACCAUUUAGAACACAAAAUUUGGAGUGGACAAUUGAGGAGAUGAGAAAUGAAAUUGUUUCCAUGUCACCCAUUCAACCUUCAAGUCCAAAAACAAGAAAUCCCAUUGAGUCCAAGGCCAAGGGGGCAUCAUAUGGAAGAUGGGUUCUAGACCAUUCCAAAGGAUCCAGCAAGACCAAGAACUUGCUUUUUGGAACAAAAGAGCCCAACAAGCCCACUUCAAAUGCUGUUGCUAAAAACUCUAAUGAGGGGGAUGUGUUUGUGCAAACCAAAAUGCAAAAAUUUAAAGGAAUGCUAGAGAGAUAUGCAUCAUUUGCAAAGGAGAACAGCGAAGGAAAGAUGAUAAGUCCAAUUUCAUCACUAUGGAAGCCUAAUUACUUCAAGAAGUUGAGUUUCAAGUUCAAGUGGAAUGCUAAUGGCAGUGAGAAUAAAAAGGUUGAUGGAGGGGAGUCAAAGUUGGUGAUACUGAAGUACAAACCAGCACUUUGUUUGGGUUAUGGACUAGAAAGUCCUAGGACAUGAAGCAAGCUUAAAGAAAGACAAUCUGUCAAUAGCGUUUGUGGUUGUUGAUUUUUUUCUGAAAUGUGAACUUGAAAAUUCCUUUGGCAAAGAAAGGAAAGAAGUGUAGGAUUCUUCAUUUGAAUGGAGUUUUAAGUGAUUGAUGUUCCAUAUAGAAUUUCAACAUAUUUAUGACAUUUUAUCUUUAAUGAAAUUAAAGCUCUUUUUUUUGUAUCA